GAAUUACGCUUGGUCGUAACCAAACUGAAUUCGGAAACAAUCGUAUUAAGGAAUAUGGUGUUGAUCCUAAACAAGCUCGAAUAGUUUGUAUGGAUUAUCGUGAUAUUCAAAGGCGUCCAAAAUAUAACAAAAUUACUUGCCUUGAAAUGGCUGAACAUGUUGGUGUUAGGCUAUUUUCUUCAUUCUUAUAUCAAGUAAGAGAUAUGCUUGAAGAUGAUGGCUUGUUCUUUUUACAGAUAGCAGGUCUUCGUCGCACAUGGCAAUAUGAAGAUUUAAUAUGGGGGUUAUUUAUGGCCAAAUACAUCUUUCCUGGCGCAGAUGCUUCUUGUCCAUUGGCAUGGGUAAUUAAUCAAUUAGAAUGUGCAGGCUUUGAAGUUCAGAGUGUCGAUACCAUUGGUGUACAUUAUUCUGGUACCAUAUUUCGUUGGUAUAAAAACUGGUUAAAGAAUAAAGAUACUAUUACUACUAAAUAUGGAAAAAGGUGGUUCCGCAUGGUCUACUAUAAUUUCCCGACAAGGUAG